AUGGGGCCCACGACUGACGACUCUCAGGAUGUACCCGAUCCAGAAUCUCCAGCAUUCCAGGCCUUCCUCGAUGACCAUUUCGCAUUGGGAGGCAAGCUCACAGAGAGCAUGGCUCAAUGGAACAAGCACUCUCUGAAGCACAACUCCACCGUCCAAGUCCUCAACCUUCCAUCCUCCUCCUCCCACAAUGAGAUAAGGCAAGAGCUGGGGGUGAAGGACUAUUGGUGCGGCCGUGAAUCCCUUCAUACCGCCGAAUCACUCCGUCGUUCAUCUCAUCAACAACCUCAUUCCUCCACUGCUCCCAAGAAGCGCGACUCUGGCACAUUCAGCCCCGGCGGUAUGGUGCGGAGCUUGAGCGGCAAACUCACUCGCCAACACAAGGACUUGCCGAGCGGCAAAGCGUCCGUUUCGAACGGGAGUGCUGUGGAGGACGGGGAGCUGCUUGAAGAGGUCAGGGCUGCGAAAGUGAUGAACACAUCCCCCGAGGGGCUCUACGAGAGGUUCAGAAGAGGACUAUUGGAGUAUCACAGCGAAAACGAGCGAGAGUAUAUCGAGUCUUGCCGUGAGACAGAGUGUCUUCAUGUCUAUAAGAAGCACGUCGCUGAAGUUUGGCGCCUUACUUAUAAGACGCCGCCCCCGACAAACCCGCGCACAUUUGUCGUCCUCCUUCUCUCCCGUGAACUCGUCACCUCUCCCAAGGGCGAGCGCACGUUCAUGAACAUCUCCAUCCCCUUUGUACACCCCGACUGUCCUGAGAAGAAGGGCGGGGAGAAGGGCCGAGUGAGGGGCAAAUACGUCAGUGUAGAGAGGGUCCGAGAAACGGACGGUGGAAGGACGGUGGAGUGGAGAAUGGCGACGAGCAGCGAUGCCGGAGGCAACAUCCCCCGGUUCGUCACAAAUGGAUCUCUACCCAAUAGCAUCUCGGAGGAUGUCCCCAGUUUCCUCUCUUGGAUGGUCGAGCGAUUCCCAGAGGGAGGCGAAGUGGCUUCACAGCCCGUUGCGUUAUGA